UCUCUGAACUUUGAAGACUCUUCUGCUCUGCAAGUGUUAACCUAGGCAGAAGGAAAUCGCAGCACAGUUGAUCGAAAAGGUAAAAUAAUCAUCCAAGUAUGGCGGAAGACGAACAUAAAACAAUUACAAGCACAGAAGUGGAUACAAACCGAGGACCUCGCUUUGCAUUCCUUUCAAAUUUUGGUAUAAAAUUCCCUCCACCGAAGCAAGAAUCCAAAACUGUUACAAAAGAGCUGAGAGCAGACGAAGUGGAAAGCGAAGCAAAGAAACCAGAUGUCGUGAGAUUUCCGGAUACUCGGAGAGACAUCCCUCCCUUGAAAUUAGAAGUUGAAGAAUCCGAACAGGGAAUGGACCCUCGAAACAUGUGGCAGGUGUAUGCUCUUGGAGGGUUCUUGAUUCUAAAGUGGAUCUUGGCUAGAUGGAAUGAAAGGAGGCCCAAAGAUGAGUCACCUGAUGGACCAUCAUCUGUUGGAAAUGACUAGUUCUUCAAUUUUAGAUUUCAAGUCAUUACAGAUUUGUUGGUUUAAAUGAGUCUUUACAUAUCACAUAGUUUUUGUUAACAGAAGCAAUGGUGAUGACCUAGUCAUGAAUCUCUUAUG